GCAUGCCUUUGAAUUUUCCCGCCUCCAAACUUUUGAGCUGAAGCGCGGCGAUAUGGGAUGUUUUGGAUGCGUGCGCAGCCCCAUGUGUUUCCGCCUAAAACUAUACAAUGAUUUUGUGAAGAAUCCGUGGAUUUUUGUCUUGUAAACUUUGAAUUUCUCGAGGACUGAGGGUGUAUAGAGUUUUACGUAGUGCACGUAGUGAUGAUUAGUAGUAAUAAAGACGAAAUUAAGAAGAUUGAACGUUAUGACUUGAUUUCUGCACUACAGACGCCACAGUAAAACUCUACCCCAACGAACGUCCGAACGAUUACAAGCAUGGACCCGAUGGAUCCACACAAUCCGGCCCUUGACGCCUUACUCCAAGCAGCAGAAAGACAUCGACGAGAUAAUGAAAGAUACCUGCUGGAGGCAGAAAACAAACAUCUACGCGAGCAGCUCAGGAGGACGACGGCUAGUUUUGCAACUAGCACUCCGUGCGCAACACACCCUGCUUCUGCAUCUAGCUCGAGUUGUGUUGAGAACUCUUUGGCUGACGCGCUGGCAAAACUCGCUGAUAGUAUAACGAAAAAGGACAGGUUGCCUAAGAAGGAACCAGCAAUAUUCACCGGUAGUGUGUUCGAAUAUCCGGUGUGGAAAAACUCGUUCAAGGUGCUAGUUGAAGAUAGUUACCCGGACUUUACUGACAGAUUAUAUUAUCUCGGCAAGUAUACGGCCGGAGACGCGAAAGAUUGCAUCAAAGGAAUGCUUGCAAUCAACAGUGAAGGUUCCUACCAGAAGGCUCGUAGCGUGCUUGAUGAGCGAUUUGGAGACAAGUUUCGGUUAGCCCGUUCCUUCCGGGACAAGAUUGACGCCUUACCAGAUGUCAAGCCUGGUGAUGGCAAAGGCCUUGAGAAGCUUGCCGACUUCAUGGCUCAGUGCAACACAGCGAUUGGUGAAUUGUCUCACCUUGGGGUCCUGAAUGAUCCUGAGGAGUACGAGAAGAUUUUGCGCAAACUACCUAGAUACCUACAGCAGAGGUGGUUCGUAGAAGUCGACAAAUGGCUCUAUGGACCCGGUGACAUUCAGAACAGUUCGGGCGGUCCACCGCGGUGCCAUGAUAAUUAUCCGCCUUUCUCCGUCUUCUGUGCCUUUGUACAAAGGCAGGCACGCAUCGCUAGAAAUCCAAUGGCUGAGCGGUGUGCUGAUUCCAGGAGUAAGCAGCCCAGUGACACUCGCAGUUCCAAGAUCAAGGACUCGUAUCCUAAAAGGUCCCCAUCGCAGAUCAGCAGCCUCGUCACCAGUGGUACCCCUGUUACCACUAAUAAUGCCAGUAGUGAUGCCGGGGGUGUGACAAGGAAAGCAACGUGUGCCUAUUGUAAGAAGGCCCACAGGCUUCAUGCCUGUAGUGAGUUCGUGAAACUGAACGUCCCCGACAGAGCCAGUUUUGUAAAGAGGAACGGCCUAUGUCUAGGCUGUCUCGGCUGGGGCCAUAUGAAGAGAGACUGUAAGUACAAGAAAACUUGUGAUACCUGCAAGGCCAUACACCCGACCAUUCUGCAUGAUCCUGGCUUCAGGCCGCGCGAUAGGAACCACCCCAGGAACGACAACAAAGACAACAAAGAUACGGCACAAGACCAGGACAACGGCGUACCGAAGGACGAUAGUUCUACCCCACCCCAGGUCACAACCCACUUCAUUGGAGCAGACUCCGGAGAAUGUACCAGCUUGAUAGUCCCUGUGACUCUGCGUCACAGGGAUAACGUGAACGAAACAACCAUCGUGUACGCCCUACUUGACGAGCAGUCCGAUGGUUGUUUCGUGAUCGAUUCUGUUCUAGACAAGAUAGGGGUAGAGGGCGAACCCUACUCCUUGAGGUUGGCUACCAUGACAUCCAAUACUACUGUUGAAUGUAGGCAGGUUCGUGGCCUUGUGGUUAAAGGUCUUUAUGAGUCACAGAGUUUUGACAUGCCCGUAUGUUACACCAGGGGAGGCAUCCCAGCCAAGCCUAGCCAAGUUCCUAGACCAGAGAAUGUUCGGCAGUGGUCCCACUUAGAGCCAGUCCAUGGCAAGUUAGCUCCCUUCUUUGCCGAUGUUGAGAUAGGACUUCUGAUUGGACUGUCUUGUCUGCAGGCCAUAAAGCCUCUGGAAGUCCUACCUGGCAAAGAGGAUGACCCUUAUGGUGUACGUACUGCACUUGGCUGGGGCGUGGUUGGAAUGUCUCCUCAGGGUUCAAGGCCACAACAGCGCCAUCACUUUUCAUUUAGAACACAGAUCACGGAGGUAACCCCUCAAGCUGUCAUGAAUAUGUUUGAUGUAGAAUUUGUUGAAAGGUCAGGUAGUGAGGAGGGCGUUGGCCUCUCAGUUGAAGAUCGCAAGUUUCUGCAGAUACUAGGGUCACAAAUUCGUCAACUUGACGACGGUCACUAUGAGUUACCACUCCCAUUCCGCGAUGAGAAUGUAAGGUUACCCAACAAUAGAGCCCAAGCUUUGAAGCGUCUGUCCAGCUUAAAACACAAGAUGGAGAAAAAUCCUCAAUUCAAGGAGGAUUAUCUUCAGUACAUGAAGGAAAUGAUUGAAAAGGGUUUCUGUGAGCGAGUGCCAGAAAAUGAGAGCUGUCCCGAAGGCUCGGUUUGGUAUUUGAGUCAUCAUGGGGUCUACCACCCAAACAAACCUGGACGUAUCCGGGUGGUAUUCGAUUGUAGCGCCGAGUUUCAGGGCGAGGUUCUUAACGAGCAUUUGCUCCAGGGUCCAGACCUAACCAACAACUUGGUAGGGGUCCUUUUGCGUUUCCGCAAAGAGUCUGUAGCUGUAGUCUGCGACGUGCAGUCAUUUUUCAAUAUGGUCAUGGUGAAGAAGGAGCACAGGAAUUUUCUCAGAUUCCUUUGGUAUGAGGAUGGCAAGCUGGUGGAGUAUCGCAUGACGAGACAUCUCUUUGGGGCUCGAUCUUCGCCAGGCUGUGCCACCUUCGCACUGAGGGCCAAUGCUGACAAGUAUGAAUCUGAGUGUGGGUCAAAGGCGGCUGAGUUUGUCCGUGCUGGGUUCUAUUGCGACGACGGAUUGUCGGCUGAGAAAACUACUGAUGAUGGAAAGGACCUAGCAUGUGGCAGUAGGAAACUUUGCAAGAAGGGUGAAUUCACACUGAGAAGCUACUUAAGCAACGAUAGGGAAGUUAUGAUGGCUGUACCAUUGGAGGCUAGGGCUAAGGGUGUGCAGGAGUUGAAUCUCUUGUCAGAAAACUUGCCUACAGAGAGGACCCUGGGCCUUCAGUGGUGCACGCAAUCAGAUUCCUUCCAGUUCAAAGUGGUCAUGCGGGAAAAGCCUGUAACUAGACGUGGAAUAUUGUCCACAGUGAGUUCGAUUUUUGACCCACUGGGCCUGAUUGCUCCCUUCAUACUGACAGGACGUCGCAUUCUGCAGAAUUUGUGCAAUGGCAAGCUACAUUGGGACGACCCUGUCCCACCUGAAAUUAAUGUACAGUGGGAAAAAUGGUGCUCAGAGGUGUCAAACUUGGCGAAUAUUGAGAUCCCACGCUGUUACCACCCUAGAGUGUUUGGUGAGGUUGUCUCAGUACAACUGCAUCAUUUCAGUGAUGCAAGUUUGGAACCUGGUGGGCUGGGCCAGUGUAGCUACUUGAAACUCACAGAUGACAAGGGAAAUGUUAGUGUCUCGCUUGUUAUGGGAAAGUCGCGCGUAACUCCUCUAAAACCGAUCACAGUGCCUAGGCUAGAGUUGUCCGCCGCAGUUGUGUCAGUUCGAGUGGGUGAAUUCCUAGAGAGGGAGUUGAAGUACGAGGGCAUAGAGCAUUUUUACUAUACAGAUAGUAAGGUGGUUCUCGGAUACAUUGCUAAUGAAACGCGCCGCUUUCACAUAUUCGUGGCUAACAGAGUUGAGAGGAUUCGGAAAUCCACCACACCAGAUCAGUGGCAUCAUGUCGAUACGAGUGUCAACCCGGCAGACAUAGCGUCUCGUGGAAUGUCAGCCCGUGACCUACUCGGAGCCAAGUCCUGGUGGGAAGGUCCAGACUUCUUGAGGAAGGAAAAGGUUCCCGUCCCCUUGUCUGAAGACGACGUACAGACGAUCGAUGAUGACCCAGAGGUCCGGAAAACUGUCCGAGUGUUAGACACCAAGAUCGUACCCUUUGGCAAGAUGUCCGAGAGAUUCGAGGGUUUCUCAUCCUGGUAUCGCUUGAAGAGGGCCGUCGCCUGCUGCCUGAAGUACAAGGACAUACUUCGUGAGAGGGUUGCAAAGGGAACUGGUGCCAAGGAAAAGAAGCUAGAUGUCAAGGACCUCCAGCGAGCAGAGACGGCCAUCCUCCAGGCUGUUCAGAUGGAGUCUUUUGAUGGAAAAAGGAGGAACCUACAGCCUUUGGACCCGAUUGAGGACGAGGAUGGCUUGCUACGUGUCGGUGGUCGCGUCAGGCGAGCGGAAAUACCAGAGGAGUUGAAACAUCCAAUCAUCGUUCCAAGGCACGGACAUGUUACUGACCUGAUUGUCGCGCACUUUCAUGGAUCGGUCUACCAUGGGGGUCGCAGCGCAACCUUGAAUGCUAGUCGUCAGGCAGGUUUCUGGAUAGUUGGCGCUAGGGGUGCUGUAACGAUGCACAUUGUGAAAUGUGUAGUUUGCCGUAGAUUGAGAGGCAAGGUUUGUCUUCAGAAGAUGGCAGACCUGCCCACAGAUAGGUUAGACCCAGCAGCACCUUUCACAUACUGUGGAGUGGAUUAUUUCGGCCAUUUCUUCGUAAAGGAGGGUAGAAAGGAGCUAAAACGAUGGGGCGUCCUUUUCACCUGCAUGGCAUCGAGAGCAAUUCAUAUCGAGGUUGCCCACUCCAUGGACACGAGUAGUUUCCUGAAUGCCUACCGUAGAUUUGUCUGUAAGAGGGGUCCUGUGAGGGUUUGUAGAUGUGACCAAGGUUCAAAUAUGAUAGGGGGUAAGAACGAGUUGCAACAGGCUGUCGCGGAGAUGAAUCAUGACAAAAUCCGUUCCGAGCUUGGCAAGGACAACUGUGAUUGGGUGGUUAUCGCACCGAACAAGGUGGCUGAGGCUUCACACUUUGGAGGAGUUUGGGAACGAAUGAUCAAGUCCACCAGAGAUGUCCUGUCUGCCAUCUUGCUGCAGAAUCCUGGCCCACUCGAUGAUGAGUUGUUGACGACCUUCCUGGCAGAGGCAGAGGCAGUAGUGAACAGUCGUCCUAUCACCUACGUUGAUUCUAAGAGCGGAGAGUCCGUAGAGCCUCUUAGUCCCAGUCAGUUGCUGACCUUGAAAUCUGCUGUCGUGGCGCCUCCACCAGGGAAAUUUGUGAAAGAGGACGUAUAUUCGAGGAAACGUUGGAGGAGGGUGCAGUAUUUGGCAGACCAGUUCUGGUCCAGGUGGAGAUCGGAGGUCCUGCCCCUGCUCCAAGAGAGACCAAAGUGGGAAAAGGUUCACAGGAAUCUGAAGGUGGAUGAUGUUGUCAUUGUAGUAGACAGCGAUUUGCCUAGAAAUCACUGGCCAUUGGCCCGGAUAUCGCGAGUAUACCCCAGCGAAGAUGGACUUGUCCGUAAGGUCCAGGUCACCCUUGGUAAAAGCCAAACUACACUGGAACGGCCCAUCGGGAAAGUUGUUUUGUUGAUUGCCCGGGAAGUCCCGAACGGGGAGCCUUCUGAGGAUUAG